UUGCUUUUUACGCGAUAUCUAUUUUCUUCUUUAUUCCUCCGUUUCACCACAGAAGCCGUCAUCAGUGCCAUUCAAAUCAAUAUCGUUUCACCAAAAUACUCCUGCUUAACGAAAGAGGAACUACAGCGUUAUGCAGAUGACCCUUUCUGGAAACGUCUUCGCAUGUCGCUCUUCAUCCUUUUAUGGGGAAUAUGGUUGGCAAUGUUUGUUGGCGCCAUAGUGAUCGUUGUGAUCAGUCCAAAAUGUCCUUUAAAGCCAACUCGUUCAUGGUGGCAGAAACAGAUGAGCUAUCAGAUAUGGACUGCUAGCUUCCAAGAUUCCGACGGUGACGGUGUCGGUGAUUUGCAAGGCAUAAUUAAUCGAAUUCCAGACCUUCUUCGACUCGGAGUGCAGUCUCUUUGGUUAGUUCCAUUGCUAAAAAGUGCUAAACUCAAUGGAUAUGAUAUUGUGAACUUCACUCAAAUCGAACCACGAAUCGGCACAAUGGAACAGUUUGACGAUCUAUUGAAGAAAGUUCACGAAAAAGAUAUGUUUUUGGUGAUGGAUUAUCCUUUAUCCAUAACAAGCUCUCUUCAUCCUUGGUUUUCUGACAGCGCGGCUCGUAAAGCACCUUUCAGCAAUUUUUACAUAUGGCGAAAAGAGGCUCCCAACACCUAUCAUUACCUGCAUUACCCUUCAAAUCCGAAUCGGCCGAUUCUGAACUGGUCUGACUAUGGGUUGCGCGGUCAGAUGGCUUCAGGUCUCAAGUUUUGGCUGGAUCAUGGCGUUGACGGCUUUUACCUGGGCUUCAUCGAGUACAUGGCGCUGAAGGACAGCGGCAAAACGGUAAUGCGGCUGCGGCUAGGGCUUAAGACGAGGAAAAAAUCAUUAAUCGUUUUCUGUUUCAGGACUGGAAUAUUGUUGUUUACCUCUCUCUCCGAAAAGUCCAACGUAGAGAGCCUUAAGGCCUCUCUCGUUAGUGAGGGCAGUUUGAACUACGUGCUUAACACGGAACUGACGACCGUCGAUGAAUUGUGCAACGCUAAAUGCGUUUAUGAUCAUUUGAAUAAGAUCAAGGCAUUCCACGAACGGUUCAACGAAACAUGGCCGAUGUGGGAGAUUGGCAAUCCUUACGUCAGUCGUUUAGCAACUCGUGUCGGAGGCAUCGAAAGAGGUGAAUUGUUUAUGUUGCUGUUGAUGAUGCUUCCCGGUUCGAUCAACACGUAUUAUGGAGACGAGCUGGGGUUGCUUGAUUACCGCGUGGCGAUGCUUUGGGACGGUUCAUUGCCUAAUGGCGGAUUUUCGCCGGCAUCAAAAGCCAUGGUUCCUCUUAGCAAUCUUUCACAGGCGCACUUCAUGGUUUGUGCUCAGUACGACGAAAUGUAUAGCCCACUACAGACAUUCAAAAGAAUGGCGAACCGCAGAAUGAGGGACGAUGCCUUUCUUUAUGGCGCAUUUGAACUGUUCCCUCCCGAUAAUGAUGUUUUGGUAAUUAGCAGAAACAGUCUGACAAAUACAGCGGUACGUGUUAAUAGCUGCUUUUUGCAAUAA